CCAUCCAUCCCUUCUAAUCCCAGCGUUAUAGACAGAACUUGCAGCGAUCUGCUCAUUUGCUUCUCUGAUUAAUUACUUCUCUCAUUCAAUGGCUAGCAUGGUUUUAUACAACGUGGGAUUUUUGUGCUUGUUAAUGUUGGUCCAUAAGGGUGGUGCCUACGAGUUCGUUGUCGGUGGCCAGAAGGGAUGGAGCGUCCCAAGUGAUCCCAAUUAUAACCCCUACAAUCCAUGGGCUGAAAGAAGCCGAUUCCAGAUCGGAGACUCCCUGGUGUUCAACUAUCAAUCAGGACAAGAUUCGGUGCUUCAAGUGAAGAGCGAAGACUACGCCAAUUGCAACACGAACUCGCCUAUUGUAAAAUACUCAGACGGCCACACAGUGGUCAAGUUUAAUCAGUCAGGGGCUCACUACUUCAUUAGUGGGAAAAGAGAGAACUGUCUCAAGAACGAGAAGAUCACCGUCAUCGUCUUGGCUGACCGGUCCGGCCGUUCCAACACUACAACCACUUCUCCUCCGCCUUCACCUUCAUCACCUUCACCUUCACCCACCGGUCAGCAGACCCAGUCUCCACCGCCGUCCGCUUCAACCCCAACUCCUUCUCCUGCAAGUGAUCACACUCCUUCGCAUAAUGCUGCUUCUCCUCUCUUCCUCUCCUUCGCCGGAUCUGUUGCCGCACUCGUCGCUUCCGCCACCCUCUCUUUAAAUCUCUAAUUAGUUACAUGGAGUGCUUGCAUGUGGUGCGAGUGAUUUUAGUUUUUCUUUUUUUUAAUUUUUUGAAAACUUUUUAAUUUGUGGGCAUUCGUUAACAUGUUUUGUGGUGGUGUCUUAAUUAAGUCCAAAAUCAUUGUGAUGGUGUUUUAUUUUUAUUUAUUAUUUAUUUUUUUUUUGUGACAUUUAACAAUAAACGGGCAAAUGUAUUGUAAAGGUUUUCAAUGAAAUAAAACCAUUCUUUACUUGUGUAA